UCUUGCUGUGGUCUUGCUGAAAAAGUGAAUGAAAACCCUUUGAAAAGGAAUCAAACAAAACAUUAAACAUUGUAAAAUGAAAACUGAAAAGUGAAUGUUGAAUAUUGAUUCAAUUGUGUGUGAUUUAUUUAAUCAUGGAGGAAGGAAAUUCAAUUAUAUACGGACUUGAACAUCAGACCAGAGCCCUGUCACCACAGUAUGGUGAGAAUGAUGCCAUCAGGUUCCUGAUUGGCACCCAGAGCUUGAAGCCUAAUACUAAUCAAGUACAUGUAGUUGAGCUGGAGGAGGACACCGGAGCUCUGCAUACUAAGGUGUUCAAACACGACAUUGGAGAGAUUUGGCACUUGCGGUGUUCUCCUCACGACGCCGCGACGCUCAUGACGGUGCACAACGCGUACGACCACGACACGUGCCAGUGCGCCAUGGGAGUCUCCAUCUUCAGGCUGCCUACUAUUGAGGUGAUACCGAAAGACUUGGACGAUCUUAGUGCAAUGCAGAAUAGAAAUGCAGAGGACAUGGAAUUACUUAAAACUAUCACACCAGAGAAACCAGAGGAAGAAAUACGCUGCGCCGAAUGGCACCCGUCGGACGCGAACCGCGUCGGCAUAGUGCUGGACAACUGCGUGAGCAUCCGCGACACCAGCACCGGCGCGCACGUGGGCGGCGUGGCGCCGGGGGGCCGGACCCGCCUCAAGCUCACCGCCGGCAAGUGGAGUCCGCAGGGGCAGAGCCAGUUCGCGGUGCUUCAAGACACGCACAUAAAAUGCUUCGACACGCGGACAGACUGCAGUAAGCCGGCGUGGAGCAUCGACAGUGCUCACAGGCAGCUGGCCAGGGAUAUGGACUUCAAUCCCAACAGACAGUUCCACUUGGCGAGUGCGGGUGACGACGCUGCUCUGAACAUAUGGGACUACAGGCACGGGAAGGAGGCCAUAUUCAGCAGGACGGAUCACUCGCAUUGGGUGUGGACGGUGCGCUACAACACGUACCACGAGCAGCUGCUGCUGACGGGCAGCUCGGACGCGCGCGCGCUGCUCACGGCCGCCGCCAGCGUGUGCGACGCGGACGACGACGCGCGCCGCCUUAGCCAAGUGUUAGAGGACGGCGUGCUGCAGUCGUACGAGCAGCACGAGGACUCGGUGUACUGCGCCGAGUGGAGCGCCGCGGAGCCCUGGACCUUCGCCUCGCUCAGCUACGACGCGCGGCUGGUGCUGUCGCGCGUGCCGCGACACUUCAAAUAUAAGAUCUUAUUAUAAUUCACUUAUUUCAUUAAAAUCAUUCAUUCCAUUGAAAAUAUACUUUGUGCAAUAUUGAA